GAUAAAUUGAUUGUUGUCCGUUUUCCUGUUCGUGCGUCCCCUCAUACGAAUUAGGAACCGCCAUCCACACCGUAUUACAAUUUUCAAGUACGAGGACCAUGUGAUGUGAUUCGCCCAGAUCGAAACGUAGCUCAAACUUCCUUUCGCCGUCGGAGGAAGCUGCUGGUGGCGGGCCUUCCCAUUCCGGAGCUUAUCGCCGGCGGUGGUAUUGUUCUUUUCAUGUUCAUCUUCUACAAUAUCGAUCUAAUUUUCAGAUGUUCGAGUAUUACUGGAUUUAAUACUCAAGGGAAUACUUCAAAGUACAGCUACCGUUGAGGAAAUAGCUAGGAUUUGGAUUUGAAAAGGCCGUCAAUGGUGGCCAUCUUAGCCGGAUUUAUCGACGUACCUUUGCUUCUUUAUUACGUUUCGAGUUCCAUUAUUUAUUUUCAACCCUAAUUUCACUACUCUACUCCAUCUGAGCAUUAUUCACGUGGUCGUUCACCUUGCCAUUUGCAAUUCCCGUUCUCUAGCUCUGUUUUUCCGUCCUGAAAUGGCAGAUCCUCAGUCCCAGACCGACUUUUCAUUCUUUCAGACAUUUCUAUGUAGUGCUUUCGCCGCUUGCAUUGCCGAGCUCUGUACUAUUCCUUUGGACGUUGCAAAAGUAAGGCUUCAGCUGCAGAAGAGAGCAGCUGCUGCAGAUGGGGCGGGUCAGUCGAAAUAUAGGGGACUAAUGGGAACUAUUACCACCAUUGCUAGGGAAGAAGGUUUACCAGCCCUUUGGAAGGGAGUUAUUGCAGGAUUACAUCGUCAGUGUAUUUAUGGCGGCCUAAGGAUUGGGCUAUAUGAUCCUGUUAAACUAUAUUUAGUCGGCAAUAAUUUUGUUGGAGAUAUACCUCUUCAUCAGAAGAUACUUGCUGCUUUGUUUACUGGUGCCUUAGCAAUUUCCGUGGCAAAUCCAACUGAUCUUGUCAAGGUUCGUCUUCAAGCUGAAGGAAAGUUGCCAGCUGGGGUACCUAGACGUUAUUCUGGCACUUUAGAUGCAUAUUUUACUAUCAUAAGACAGGAAGGAUUGAUGGCCUUGUGGACGGGCAUUGGUCCAAACAUAGCAAGGAAUGCUAUUAUUAAUGCUGCAGAACUAGCAAGUUAUGACCAAGUGAAGCAGAUGAUUUUGAACAUUCCAGGAUUCCUGGACAAUAUUUUUACUCACCUCCUAGCUGGUCUAGGUGCAGGUUUCUUUGCGGUUUGCAUUGGUUCCCCAGUUGAUGUGUCUGUCAAUGUUGGCUUCGAUGCCAUGGUUUUUCCUUUCCAGAUCAAAUCAAGAAUGAUGGGAGAUUCAACCUACAAAAAUACCAUUGAUUGCUUCGUUAAAACCUUAAAGAAUGAGGGGCCUUUUGCCUUCUAUAAAGGAUUUCUUCCAAAUUUUGGUCGGCUUGGAUCUUGGAAUGUGGUCAUGUUUCUGACCCUUGAGCAAGCAAAGAAGCUUUUCGGCCUAUGAAAACCAUUUGCUGGAAAACUGCUUCUUUGGGGCGCACCCAAGGACCUUUUUUUUUUUCCUUCAAUGAUGGCCCCCCACGUUUUUCUCCGGAUUCAAUCCAAUGUAUAAUAAUAAUAUGUUUAUUUCUAAUCAUUGAAGAGAGUUUUUACCACACUCCAGAAUUCUUAUAUUUAAAUUGCCCUAUGCUUUUCGGAAC